AACAAAUGAUACGUUUUAGUAUUUUAAUUUUUAAUAAAUUAUGUGUUAUUGUUAGGAAUACGUGUUAGUGAUCAAAAAGCCCUCGUGAUAUUUUUUCAGCUGGCGGAGAAAUAAUUAAAUAGGUUUGUCGUGCGAUUGGGUACAUCUGACCAAUCAGUGUUUCCGACGUGUUUGCGACAUGGAUGCUGCUAUAUUUUGUCGCUUUUGGAUGAGGCACCAGCGCAGUCGAGCGCAGACGCUUUUUGGGGGGGUGAAAAAAAAUCCUCUUGUUCACCGACAGGCCUUGAAUAUUAUAUAUGAAUACUUAAAUCUCAUGCAGCUAGAGCUUUACCGGCAGACAUGUCAGGCUUUGUUGUUUUUGCACUAGCGCUCUCAUUAUCUGCGAUGCUGCCUUGUCUGGGCUCUCCUCCGCGUCCAGGAGCUGCAGCGCCGAAGCCCUGUCCGGCGCCGUUACAGUGGGAGGGUCGCACCGUCGAGUACGAUCACGGCACCGGACGAAACACACGGGCGGCGGUCUCCUACGACGCGCAGAAUCAGAGAGUUAGGGUCCUGGAGCAGAAGACGGGACACACACCAUGUAAGAAGUUCUUUGAGUACAUCUACUUAUUCAAAAGUGGAGUGCUGUUCCAAAUUGAGGAGAUUACUAAGCAGUGUGCAAAGAUCGCUCUGACGGAGGCCUGGGACCCGUAUGACAUUCCCCUGAACUCCACGUACGAGGACCAGUACUUCAUUGGAGGACCCGGAGACAUGAUCGAGGUCCAAGAGUGGUCUGAUCGGAAACCAGCUCGCAAAAAUGAAGCUUGGGUUGGCGUGUACACCCUGAAGGACUGCUAUCCCGUACAGGAGACAUACGCCAAAAACAGCAGCGUGACCACAUCCACUCGCUUCUUCGACCUUCAGCUGGGCAUUAGUGACCCGGGGGUGUUCGACCCACCCAGUACCUGCCAGUCGGCUCUGACUGAGAAGAUGACGUCCGACUGCUGAAGACACGGCUUGGCUUUACAUGCACAAUAUACAUUAACCACGAUACAGUAGGCUUACAUAAACGGCUUCUAAAUAAAUGACAGUAAAAGAGCACAUGAAAUGAGCGCAGGUACUGUUAAAUAUAAUCCGCUUUGAAAUGAUCAAUGUUUUAAGUUUAGUAGUUCUUGUUGAUUUAUGGUGUGAAGUGUGCCUCAUUUUAUUAAAGCCUCAUUUUUAAUAUGCCACAUUUUGGGCAAAUUACCACUGUGUGUUGUGCUGGUCUAGGAUGGACUGAUGUGGUGCUUGAUUUUUCGUUUGACAGUCAAUAUUCUGUUUGUCUGAUCAUUGUUUUAUUUAUCAUUUUAGACGAUUCACAGUGUGGACGCUUACAGUUUAAGUUACAGAAACCUCUGGAAUUGUGAUUUCAAUAAAAUGGUUUACCUCA